AUCCAUGUUUUACAUGAUACUGCACCGGGCGGCUACUACGCCAUUUUAUAUAACGAAGCGACGUUGAAUGCGAAGAAAUUUCUUCCAAAAUUGGUCUUCUAUUGACCAAAUUUUGGAAAAAGCUAGAAAAUAAACAGGCUUGUGCACUUAAGCACAAGUUAAGUAGGUUUAUAGCUCAAUUUUUAUAAGAUUUGCAAUUACUCUGCGGUCAUUACUUGGACAGCAGAUUGUUUUUCUUUCGUUGACUUGUGCAAUCAUGGAGCAGUGAAAUGAAUCCCAGAAGUCCAGUCAACAGUUCGUCUCCUUUUGGGGUAAACAUCCCACCAAGGCCUACCACUAGGCCAUCUUCACACUCAAUAGUCGAUGCUAGGAGAGGAAGUAGAAAUGGAAGUGAAACCUUCACCUCGUCUUUUGACAAGCAAUGGCAAUGCCAAAGGCACUCAACUUGAUAAAGCCAAAGACAAUUUUCGUACGCCUGGGAAUGGAUCUCAGCGUUACAAUAAACGCCGAGACCCUGCCCAGCAAAAACCAGAGUCUACCAGCUCAGCUCGAAAGCCUCAACCUCAGAAGUUUAAAGGCCUUGAUAAACGGCCAAGAGGACGAAAUGCUCAAUGGAAUGGUAGACGUGACGAGGUGACACAGGUCCAGAGGGUUGAGUAUGGCUCAGCCUUGCCAAAUGGGCCAAAGAAGGUUAACCUCAACCACCUGAUCAACUUCACAUUCCUACCCCGUGAUUCUUAUGGAGAUGGAACUGGAAGUGGUGGUUCGCUUAGUGGUCGCAACAGAUGGAAUCGUAGAAGACCUCGGUAUAAUAAGGAACAAUUUUUACAGGCAAAUUGCCAGUUUGUUGUAAAGGCCGACCAUGAUUACACAGUGCAUGCAGCAGAUGCUGAUAUCCUAGUGGAGUGGGAGCUGAUUGAGCAAGUCCGUAUCUUCAGCCAUGAAGAGCCCAGUUGUCCGAUCUGCCUGUACCCUCCAACGGCAGCCAAGAUCACACGUUGUGGCCAUGUCUACUGCUGGUCAUGCAUUCUACACUACCUGUCCCUUGGGGAUCGAAGUUGGAGAAAAUGCCCAAUAUGUUAUGAAUCAAUCAUUGGGAAGGAUUUGAAAAGUGUAGUCACUGUAGCAACUCACAGCUAUUGUGUUGGAGAGCAAGUUACCAUGCGUUUGAUGAAGCGUGAAAAAGGCUCAGUGGUAGCAGUUCCUGUCUCGCACAAUUUGCAUAAAAUGAAUGAUCCAUUCAAGAUGGGAGAUGCAGUCACCAAGGAAAGCUUUGUGAAGCUUCUCACAACAACACAAUCACAGAUUCUAGCAGAGAUCAUCAUACCAGAGAAAGAGAUUCUUCAAGUUCAGUUAGCGACAUGUGAAGAGGAUUUUGAACGUACAUUUGUAGAGGCUGCCAUAAAGCUCCAUCAAGAGAGAGAAGAUGCUUUAAUAUCUCAGACUGUGGUGCCAACAGUUAUAGAUCAUGUGGAGACUGCCAAUCCAGUUGAACAGGAUGUUAAACACUUGAAUCUUACCACAGAGUCUAAGAAUUGCUUUGCUUAUGCAUCUGCAUUUUCAGAUGAGGAAGAUGUUGAAGGAAAAAAAUCACCUUCUUUAAACCCACAAAUGGAUGCGUCACUUGGCUUAGAGAACCAGCAAACGACAGUUCAAAAGUUACCUGAAACACAAGCCACGGAGAAAGAUGGGAAGUUUAAAGAUAGUGAUAGCAAAGAUGAUGAACUUAAGGAAGGUGAUGUUAAAGUUGACAAGCAAAAAGAAGGCGAUACAAAAGAAGACAAGCUUAGAGAUGGUGAUAGUAAGGAUGGUAUGAAGGCAGAAGUAGAGAGAAAUCGACGUCGUCGACAAAGCAGUGAAAAUGAACAUACAUAUUAUUUUUACCAAGCUGCUGAUAGUCAACACAUGUACAUCCAUUCUUUGAAUGUCAGGUGUUUGGUCAAUGAGUAUGGAAGCCUUGCCAAAUGUCCGGAAACAAUCACAGGUGAAGUCAUUGAGAUUGACCACAUCACUAUGACUGAGGAACUUAGAAAGCGAUUCCGCUAUCUUAAGCACUUGCCGUUAACUUGUGAGUUUUGUGUGUGUGAGCUUAGACUGAAGCCACCUAUCAUCUCAAAAGAAACCAUUAAGGCAUUUUCUGAUGACUUCCACAAAAAGAAACGAGCUCGAGAUAAGAAAGUGCGGGAAGAGAAGAAAAGAGCACAGAAAAUUGAACUGGAAGAGGGUCGAAAGCAAGGCUUAUACCCAUCACCUAGUAUGUCAAUGCGGAGCCACACCCACUUUCCAGAAUUCUCUACACCUCAGCCAUCAAUUGAUGAGGAAUCAUGUGUGCGAUCAGUCUCACCAACAUCGUCUGUUGAAUCAGGUUCCAUUGUCCACGAUGAGAGUGCUGUAUAUGAACGUGGGCAUGGUGAUAGUGCAGUUGUAAGCAGUGUUGAUGUUGCAAGUAGUGCCUCUGAUGUUUCGAUGAGUACACCAUCUUUUGCACAGAUGUUAAGAACAAGUCCUGUUAAGACAGAAGCCUGGCCUAAUCUGUCAUCUCGGAAUUCUAAACCCACUGUGGUAUCGGCUGCACUUUCCUGGCCUAAGUCACAUGGUGCAGGAGUUUUGGAUGGCAGUGAUGAAGAGAAUGAGGAUUAUGUACCAGUGCCAACGUACAAAGACUCCUUUAGUAAUGCCAUCCAGGUUGCACUUGAUAAGGCAGCAGUAAGAGGACAAGGCUCUCUUGUUGAAGACCCACUCUCAUCAUCUGAUAGCCCCAAGGGUAAAAAAGGCAAGAAAGGGAAAAAGAAACAAAAGCAACUGCUUUUCUCGACUGCGGGACAGCGCUUCAAGUAGUUGCAACCUGAAGUACAAAAGCGUAGUAUCUUCAACAAGUCUGGAAAAUAGAAUAUAAGCCAAUAUAUUAUAUAGGGCAGUGUUUGAUGUGUAAAGAUUGUAAGUACCUGCAUUUAAGUAUGAUAUUAAUGCUUAGCCUCUCAACAUUGGUCCGUGAUGAUACUGUAUAAUGAAAUAAUAGGUUUGAAUGGCAUGGACAAAACUGUUGUUUAUAUUCGAUUAUCAUAGCAUUGCUUGAACUUUUUCCAAAUGCUUGCCUUAUGAAACAAAGUGCGAAGACAAUAUUCAGUUUUGUUUAAUGAAUAUCAGAUUUUAUUUAGAUAUGGUGUGUUCAUGACACUGACUGUCUAAUGGUUAAGGCAUUAUAUUAUGUAAAUUUCUACAUAUGGUUAAAGGCUAGAAUGCAAAGUUUAUAAUAAUGAUGCCUUCCACUUGUUAAAUGUUAAGAAUAAAAUAUGUAUUGGGAUGAAUGUAAUAUAUCUUAAGCUAGAACCAUUAAGUGUUUACAGUGUAACAUAUCUAGAUCUGUCAGUGUUUUUGAAUUGUUCCAAGACAAGAAAUGUUGUUCUUUCUUUAAGAGUGAAUGUAAUUUUAAGUGGUAGUCUCCACAGUUCAUUCAAACUAUUUACUACAGUAAUAGAAGGAUGAAUAUGAACUUGCAUUUAACACAUAAAUUAAAGGGACUGCAUUAUUGUAUCUGUAUAAUAAUUCUUAGUUUCUAUAGUAGAGAGUACAGUAUAUUAAAAUUUCGCAGCUAUAGUAUAUGUUUUGGUUUUUUUUUACACUCAAGUUUGCGGUAAGAGAAAAAUGUAUAGUACAAAGUAAAUUACAAAUAUAUGUUAUAAUGUAGAAUAAUUACAUAAUAAAUACUAACAAAUAAUUAUCAAUGAUAUGUUGUACUUGAUUGACUGGGUUUGGGAUACAGAUAUUAUGUUUAGAAUUGCAUAAAUUAAAUUAUAAAUAAAACUGUUAAAUUUGUUUGUAAUAAAGUGGUUUGGAAUGCUGAUGGGAUCAUAUUUUCAUGAAUCUGUUUGUUUUGAAAUUCGAGUGAGGCAAUUUACUUGUUAAUCAAAUUUCAGUUUAUCCAUAUUUUAGUAAAUUAAUUUAUAUUUGCUUUUCUUCUAACCUCCAGCCUACCCCUGAAUAAAGCAGUUUUAAAAUCACAAGCUUGGGUUGAUAAAGAAAAUGUUUUCUGUAUUUAGAAAGAUAUAUGCAGAUGCUUUGAAUUCAAUAUGUGUAAUGAUAAUGGUUGUUACAGUAGACAGGAUAGUCCCAUGUUCAUGAAUUGUUUGAACUGUAUUUAUGUAUCUCUUCGGUUGACUUGAUAAAAUUUAUUAAUGUAAUGAAGGAUUUGUGGGAAGCUGAGCCGACCCGGGGCCCCUAUAUUUUUUUAAAUUAUAAACUCAAAGGAGCAAAAAAG